AUGGAUAAAUCCAAUAAUUCGUGGGCUAAAAGCAUUCCUUGCAGAAAUGUGACUAUCUAUGGCCAUUGUAAGAAACAAGUGGAUGGCUGUCCCUUUAGUCAUGAAGUCCCAAAUACUGUAGUUAAUAAUGAAGGAUCUACUACUACAACAAGUAAUUCAAUUUCUGAUACGGUGUCUGGGGCUAUUGCCCACAGUGACCUGGGAUCAACGAAUAUUUCGGCAAAUCUCCCAUCUUUGCCUAGUUCUGCGUUAUCUUCAACUGGUAUGAACGCAGCCUCUAGUACCAACUCAGUACCUGCUUCUAUACUAAACACUCCAACUUCUAGUUCUACCAUUACAGGAACUACUUCUUCAAGUGCUAUGAAUAAUUCCAUAAACCCUACUGCAUCUUCAACGACAAACAAUGUCCCAAGGUUCGAUGCUAGAGCUUCUGCAAGUUUUACACCAAUGGCUAUGUCAAUGUCUGCUUCUAGAAGUUCAGAAAAUGCAGUUGUCCCAGGUGGAAUACCACCUUCUUUGACUGCUAGCUUGUCUGCAGCAAGUCCAGCAGCUACAAAUAUAUCAGUAGCUAGUCCUGCAGCAGGUGCAAGUCCUACACCAGUAUCAUUAGGAAUGACUCCUUUUGAAUAUGAUUAUCCACAUCCAGCUCAAAAUGCAAUGGGUAGUAUACUACAACAUCAUUUGUAUGCACCUGAUCCACCUCCACAUUUACAAUUGGCAUUGAGCCCGCAUGAAGAUACUCCGGCAACUUUAUUUAUUCCCAAUGCUUUAAGAGAACAACUACUACAAAGAAAUACAGCUGCAAUCCAAACUUGGCCUUCUGGAGGUGCACUGCCAGAUGUUGUACGAGAUUAUUAUGGUCUAGUUCCUUUAGAUUUUCAUAGAAAUGAUGGAUUAUUGAAAAAUCGUUAUUUUGACCAUAAAAAUUCGUUGUAUAAAGUUUUUAGUAAUAAAGACGGUAAAGUCUAUGUUUUACGUCGAAUUCAUUCCCUUGAUGAAAAAAACAAAAAUAUCAAUAUCGACAUCGUUAAUUUAAGAUCUAUUUUUACUAAAUGGAAUAAGCUUGAUAAUAUUAACCUUAUUCGACUGAAUGAUAUCUUUACUACGACAAGCUUUGGGGAUGUUUCUCUUUGUAGUGUAAUGGAAUAUUAUCCUUCAGCAUUAUCAAUAUUUGAAAAACAUUUUAUACAUUUUCCCCUUGUACCAUUAACUAUGAAAUAUAUUUGGGGUUAUUUGGUACAAUUGGUUAAUGUAUUAAGAGAAAUUCACACACACGGGUUAUUUGCUGGAGAUGAUUUAGAUUGGAAUAAAAUAAUUGUAACAGGAGACCCGGGUAGAAUUAAGCUAAAUGUAAAUAUAUCUAAAUUUAUACUCAAUGAAAAUUUAAAUUUUAAGAAAUUCACGAAGGAAGAAGUUUUAAAAGAACAAAAUUUAGAUUUCCAAAGAUUAGGUGAAUUAUGUUUACAGUUAGCAAAGAAAGUCCAACCAUCUGCAACAAAUGGCAGUACGCUAUCUGCGCUGAACAAUCAAACUAAUUCUACCACGUCAUUAAAUUUAGAGAAUAAAUCUGCUAUGAAUACAUCUACUAAUUUGAACGAAAGUAUUUCAUCUUCUCUUCAUUUUACAAAUAAUUCUAAUGGAACAAAAAAUGAGGGGUUAGAUGACGAUAAAAAAAUUGAUGGGACUACUAUAUUUAAUGAGAAGGGAGAAUUUCAAAAUCUAAAUAUCAGUCCUGAAAUAGAAUCUGAAAUCCAAAAUUUAAAUAAUGUAGACAAUCAAUUUAAAUUGGUAUUACGUUAUUUAUUUCGAGACUCUAGUAUUAAAGAAGAAUCACAAGAAAAGAGACAAAAAAAAUUUCAAGAAUUUUCUAAUCUGUUCUAUGAUAAAAUAUUUGAAUAUUUGAAUGUUAGCCAAAAACAUAUCGAAUAUAUAGAAAACAUCUUGGCGAAGGAAUUAGAAAAUGCCAGACUAUUCAGAUUAAUCUGCAAAUUGAACUGCAUAUUUGGUCGAUUAGAAUCUCGAAUUGAUAUCAACUGGUCGGAAAGUGGAGAGAAAUUUCCAAUAAUUUUAUUUUAUGAUUAUGUCUUUCACCAAGUUAAUAAUACAGGCAAGAGUGUAAUGGAUUUGACACAUGUCAUACGAUGCUUAAAUAAACUAGAUGCAGGUGUCAAGGAGAAAAUUAUGCUAGUGACACCUGAUGAAAUGAAUUGUAUUAUUAUUAGUUAUAAAGAAUUAAAAAAUUUAAUUGACAUGACGUUUAGAUCUAUGAUAUGA